AUUGCCCCCAAUGACAUCCAAAAUGGUAUCUUUUUUCGGUUGGAUCUUACUUACUUGUCGCCUUCCCAACAAAGCCAAACAGAAGAAGACUUGAUCAAGAAAGAAAAAGAAGCAAUCAUAAUCUUAGCUAGACAGCACUCUAGCUAGCUAGUGACACUAGUUUUCUGACACUCUUUCAUUUUCCUUUUUACUUUGCUUGACAAUGGUUUCAUCGGUUUUCUUGACGUGGUCUCUCGGCAUCCUUUUGGUUGCUCAUCGGGUGUCUGCUUGGACCAUUCCCACCCGUUAUUCUGUCAAGACGACCUUGGCUGCCACUGCCGACAGCAACGAGGAGGACGAUACCUUGGCAUCGGUCUAUUCGCGUGCGGUCGACGACGAACCCUAUGCUUACUUUCAGAUGCAAAAGAUCCCCACAGAUGCCAUUCCCAUGGCAGGGUCUGCCUCUCGCCUGGAUCAUGUGGUGGACUGUGCGGAACAUGGAGAAUGCAAUGUGGAAGAAAUGAUGAACAUGAUUGAUGAACUGGAACGUCUCAAUGAAGAGUGCACCAGCGAAACAUCUGGCUCGAGGGAAUGCCAACUCGACACUGUGGCAGCACGCAACGUCUUGAAGGUGGCCUUGGCUUCCAAGGUCAUGAUGGAGGAUGUCAUGCGUUUUCAAGAGACGAGUGAACAGGAAGAUCCAUAUGCUUCCAUGAUGGAUAUGGAGGAUGAAUACCACGACAGCACCAUGCAGGAAAUCCCAACGGCCGCCCUGCAAGAAGCGGAUUUGGAUCGGAUUGUGCAGUGUGCCGAGGAUGGAGAAUGCGACGUGGGAGAAAUGACGGACAUGAUUGAAGAGUUGGAACGACUCAAUCUGGACUGCGAAGGCACUAUUAGUCGAGAAUGCAGUUUGGAUGCCAGGGCAGCCCGCAACAUUCUAAAGGUGGCCCUAGCGUCGCAGGCGGCCAUGGCAAAGCAAAUGAGCCAAGAGACUCGUGGAGAACGACGAGGGCCGACGCCUUGAACAUGCAAACAGCACUACAUGGCAAUCACUGAAACAACCAAGAACGACGAGGCCAUCAGCCUUGAAGCAAACACACUGUCAAUCAAGCAAUCAACAAACAAGAUGCAAGCACCGGUAGCUAGCUCCAUACAUACAUCAUGUACCGUAGCACUCUCAUUAGAAGUCAUCAUUUUGUACGCACGUUACAUCUAUAGUUACCAGUAGCAUUAUUUUCUUCUUCCCAUUAUUAUAGCCAAUGUUUCAAAAGAUCAAGGUGACCUCCCUUUGCAGCUCACCAUCCGGAAGGAAGGAUCGUUGCUUGUGU